AUGCAGCGAGAACAUUCUUGCCCAUGGGUAGUGAAACGUGGCGUGAGUGGACUCGAAGAGAGCGAGCCAAAGACUUCGGGCAGUCUCCAUUCAGCAUUCAUUGCCUACGAGCUUACUAAUGAAUACGAGAAGCACAAAAUACUGUGGGCAGAUUCAUGUCUUGUGUACAGCCUGUCAAGUUCGAUAGGUGAUGGAGUGUUGAAUAUGUAUUCUCCGGUAGUGCGACGUAGCGUUCGGCGCCUACCGCAGACUCCAACCGGUUCACCAGCUAUUGGGCAUCGACGAGUUCAAGAAGUGCUUAGCGCUGAUCCACUUAGUAGCGGCUUACUCUCUCCGGAUAUGCGACAGCCACUGAGAUCACAAUCAUUCAAACAUCGUCCUCGUCCAUUGAUCGAAGUGAAGAGAACGGCUUUAGAAGAUGUUCCGAACGAGAGACGUCGUAGUACGCCGACGAUCACACGACGAAGCAGUUUCGUGCACAGGCGCGUCCAGGAGCCUCGCACAGACGUUUGGCCCGAAGCCAAGCAUGCCAGUGAGGUAGAGGAGAAAUUCUUAAGGUUACCGGCUGCGGAUGAGUAUAAAAGAGUUCGCCAAUUCAAAAUCGACGAAAAAGGAGCGGUCGUCUCCCGAGGCGAUUCUUUCAGGAGGAAAAAAAGUGAAGUAACUAUUAAAAGUGACAAGUCGCCAUCGCCUUAUCCUAUAUCUGGAUCAGAUUCAGCUCGGGAAUCCCGAAGCGAAAGUGUUUCAUCUAGUGAGGAGUCAAGACGAGAGGCAGCCACUGCAACUACGAACGAUCCAUCAACCAGCCAUAGGACGUACAAGAUCUACGUGGUUGGUGACACGGGCACGGGGAAAUCGUCGUUAAUCGGUCAGCUAAUCACUUCGGAAUACAAAAAUGCGUUUGCUGAUGAAAUCCAGGACUACGAAAACACCGUGUCUAUUAGCAUUGGAGGACAGGAAUUGGAUUUGAUUUUCUUCGAAAGCGACAUGGCUGAUGCAACCUGGCUAACCGAUGAAGUUGACGCUUUUGUGGUCGUGUACAGUAUUGACUCGAGGAGGAGUUGGAAGCAGGCCACAAUGGCUAUUGAGAUGAUUAGGGACUCAGAAAAAUGCCGAAAUCUACCUAUAGUUGUUGCGGGGAACAAAGCAGAUUUGGAGCGAAAACGGACGGUCACUAAAAACGAAGUUCGAACAGCAUCUGCUCAUUUCGGCUUCGAGCCCUUAGAAAUUUCCGUCGCUUUGGAUCACGAUGUCGACGAUCUUCUUGUAAGUUUGGUCGCUGAGCUAAAAGAUGCCUAUGCGCCAGAUACAUCAAGUAUUGAGAGAAAGGAAAAGAAGCCCUCACCUCGUAUCGAAGACGAUUUUCAUGCGGCAAUUCGUCGUUAUUCGCAAAGAAAGAAGAAAGCGUUGCCAGAAGAUGUCAAUACCGGGAAAUGCUCCGUUCUGUCGCCAACGUGCUUAUUCAACAAAUUUAAAAGCUGGAAAAAAGGAGCAUCUCCAAGGUUGCAAACCUAG